AUGUUGAUGAUAAAGAGAAGUGCCAGAGUGAUAAACAGUCCAAUUUUGAUAAGGUCAUUGACCACGACUCAAGAGUACGUUCCUCCAGAUAUCAAAGGGCUCGAGAAAAGAUGGGAAAAGAUGAAAGAAUUGGAUCAAGCUGAUGUGAUUGAUUAUUUGAAUUGGAAAGGUCAAGAUGAUUGGAGAAAACUAAGUGAUCAGGAGAAAAAAUCCUGGUAUUACAUAUAUUAUGGGAACUGGGGGCCUAGAUCAUCUACACCACAACAAAGUAUUAGUGGGACCGUGUUGAGAGCGUUGUUUGGUGGUGUGCUAACCAUUGCCCUUGGUGUUAGUGUGAUGAAUUAUGCUUAUGAUUUGGAAAGAGAAGAGAAGGUGAAGAAUCUGUUGGAAAGAAUAGAGAAGGAGAAAUGA